GUAUAUAAAGACGUACCCUGCAGCUCUUGUUUGUGCUUCACAUCACAUGUAUUCAGUGAAAACCUGUACAGAGAGAGCACUGUGUUUUCUGUUUUCUGGAGCUCACUGAUUAGAAGCAAAAAUGGCGGAACCAAAGCUGAGCAGCAUAAAGGACAAUAGGUGGUCACUCCAUGGCAAGACAGCACUUGUGACAGGAGGCACCCGAGGCAUUGGACAUGCCAUCGUAGAGGAGCUGGCAGAGUUUGGUGCAGCUAUUCAUGUUUGUUCACGAAAGCAAGAUGAUAUUGAUAAGUGUGUGGAAGAGUGGAAGAAGAAGGGAUUCAACGUCACUGGUUCAGUCUGCGAUGUCAAACAUAGCCACCAACGCCAGAAGCUUAUGGAAACUGUUUCCGAAAUCUUCCACGGAAACCUUAACAUUCUGGUGAACAAUGCAGGGAUAGACAUAACAAAGAACAUAGUAGAUCACACUGCUGAAGAUGUAUCAACUAUAAUGGCUACCAAUUUUGAGUCUGCUUUUCAUUUGACUCAACUUGCACACCCACUUCUUAAACAAUCUGGAUCUGGGAGCAUAGUAUUUAUUUCAUCCAUUGCAGGUGCCAAAGCUCUUCCAGCUUUAUCUGCUUAUUCAGCCACUAAAGGAGCCAUGAAUCAAUUCACCAAGAACGUGGCAUUGGAGUGGGCAAAGGAUAACAUUCGUGCAAAUGCUGUAGGACCUGGACCAAUUUGGACUCCACUCUUUGAAUCUGUCAGGGAGAACACUGGAGCGAAAGAGUGGGAUGCUAUUGUUACAUCUACAAUAUGUUUGGGUCGUGUCGGAGAAACCAACGAAGUAUCACCACUCGUUGCUUUUCUUUGUCUUCCAGCUGCAUCCUACAUCACUGGCCAGAUUUUCUAUGUUGAUGGCGGUUUCACAUCUUAAAUUUUAAUUAGUGACUUCAUAAUUAAAUAAGAGUCACUUCGCUGAAUGAACUCUAGUGUUCAACUUUUAUUUUCCAUCUCUCAUAUGUAAUGUAUCCUCUGAAUCUUGCUUACGAUAAUUGGUAAGCCAUCUUUUCCAUUUAUCUUAAGUUCUUAAGUAUUGUCUAGCGUCUUAAGCCUGUGUAUUUGGUCCCUAUGUGUUGUGUCCAAAUAUUUGCUUAAUAAUUAUAAAAGUAAUUGUUGGAUAUCUCAGAUUAA